AUGAGCGACAAGAUGCCGGUGCGUAAGGAGGGGGGGAGGCCGGGGAAGCAGUGUUACAUGAUCUGGCGGAGUCUCUUCGAGAUCGACGAGAAAUACGUCCCGAUCAAACCCAUCGGUAAAGGUGCGUACGGAGUCGUUUGCUCGGCGAAAGACUCGGAGACUGGGGAGAAGGUCGCGAUCAAGAAGAUCGCUAACGCCUUCGACAACGUCACGGACGCGAGGCGGACGUUACGGGAGAUUAAGCUCCUGCGUCGGUUGCAGCACGAGAACAUCGUUCUCUUGAAAGACAUCAUGAAACCCCCGAGCGCGUCCGACUUCAACGACGUCUACCUCGUCUACGAGCUCAUGGACACGGACUUGCAUCAGAUCGUUCGCUCGUCGCAAGGGUUGUCAGACGAGCACACGCAGUACUUUCUGUACCAAAUCCUCCGCGGGUUGAAAUACGUUCACACCGCGAAGGUGCUGCAUCGCGACUUGAAGCCGUCGAACCUGUUACUGAACGCGAACUGCGACUUGAAGAUUUGCGAUUUCGGGUUGGCGCGGACGGACGCGGAGAGAGGGUUCAUGACGGAAUACGUCGUGACGCGGUGGUAUCGUGCCCCUGAGUUGUUGUUGUCGUGCGAGGACUACAGCGCGAGCAUCGACAUCUGGUCCGUGGGGUGCAUUCUGGCGGAGAUAUUAGGACGUAAGGCACUGUUCCCGGGGAAGGACUACAUUCACCAGAUGAGGCUGAUCGUCGAGGUGCUCGGAACGCCAAAAGUCGAGGAUCUCGUUUUCAUUCAGUCGCAGAAGGCGGUGGCGUACAUCAAGUCCCUGCCGUACAGUCCGCCGGCGAGGUUCGACACGAUGUACCCGGACGCGAACCCGGACGCGGUGGACCUUCUGUAUAAGAUGCUCGAGUUCAACCCGAAGAAGCGGAUCACGGUCGAACAGGCGCUGGAACAUCCGUACCUCGCCAACUUGCACGACCCUAGCGUGGAGCCAGCGUCCGAGCCCGCGCCGUACGAAUUCUCGUUCGAGGACGAAGAGUUGGAAGAGAACCAACUGCGAGCAAAGGUGUGGGAGGAGAUGUUAGCUUUCCGUGGAGAAGGAGGGGGCUCGGGUGUCGUUCCCAUGUUCAGCUGA